CAGUUUUAGGUUUAGACCACAAAUCAAACCUUCGUAGCCUCGAAAUGCUGUCCAAGUACCGAAUUCUCCACCACCUCACCCGCCACCUCUCUCCACGAAUCACCACCACUCGCAGUUCCAAUGUCUCGCCGCAUUUCUUCAUCAACCCUUUCUGCACUGUGGUAGUUAACUCACCUGAAUCACCUGAACUUCCACCAUGGGUCAUGUUCUCCGAUAAACCAACCCCUUCAAACUCCGACGACGAUUUCGUUAUCCCUUCUCUCGCUCAUUGGGUUGAUUCCAGCAUCCUUCAAACCAAACCCAAACUCUUUGCAAAACCAUCUUUGGAGGAAAGCAUUCACCUUGAAGAUGUUGAAAAAAUCAGCACUUUUCUUAAGGAACAACGUCAUUCUUCUCAUGACCAUGUUGUUCAAGCACUCGAUGGUAGUGGUUUUCGGGUUUCCAACAGUUUGGUUAUGCAGGUUUUGAAGAGAUUCGGAAAUGAUUGGGUUGCGGCAUAUGGUUUUUUCAUUUGGGCGAAAAAACAAACACCUUAUGUGCAUUCUCCUGAAGUGUACAAUUUGAUGGUUGAUAUAUUGGGAAAAGCUAAGGAAUUUGAUCUCAUGUGGAAAUUGGUCAAGGAAAUGAAAAGAAUUGAAGGGUAUGUGUGUUUGGAUACAAUGAGUAAGGUAAUGAGGAGGUUUGCAAAGGCUCAGAGACAUGAAGAUGCUGUUGAAGCGUUUCGCGGAAUGGGUAAGUAUGGUGUCGAAAAGGAUACGGCUGCAUUGAAUAAGCUCUUGGAUGCUUUGGUGAAAGGACAAAGUAUUGAAAUUGCUCAUAAUGUUCUUGAUGAGUUUAAGAGUUCUGUUCCAUUGAGUUCUCCGUCUUUCAAUAUUUUGAUAAAUGGGUGGUGCAAAGUUAGAAACUUUGAGAAAGCGCGGAAAGUGAUGGAGGAGAGGAAGGAACAUGGAUUUGAGCCGGAUGUUUUUACGUAUAAUAAUUUCAUUGAAUCUUAUUGUCAUGAUAAGGAUUUUCGCAAAGUUGAUGAAGUUUUGGAGGAAAUGAGGGGAAAUGGUUGUCCUCCAAAUGCUGUGACUUAUACUAUUCUGUUGCUUGGUUACGGGAAGGCGGGGCAAUUGAGCAAAGCUUUGGAGGAAUAUGAAAGAAUGAAGAAGGAUGGAAUUGUGCCCGACACUCCAUUUUAUAGCUCAUUGAUGUACAUUCUUGGCAAAGCUGGUAGGUUAAAGGAUGCUUGUGAGGUUUUUGAUGAUAUGCCUAAGCAAGGGGUUGUGAGAGAUGUGGUGACAUAUAAUACUAUGAUUAGUACCGCUUGUGCACACUCAAAGGAAGAAACUGCACUUAGGUUGCUUAAGGAAAUGGAAGAAACAUCGUGCAAACCGGAUCUUCAGACUUACCAUCCUUUACUCAAGAUGUGCUGCAAAAAGAAGAGGAUGAAGGUGCUCAAGUUUUUGCUGGAUCACAUGUUCAAACAUGACCUAUGCCCUGAUCGGGGAACUUAUACGCUUCUGGUGCAGAGUUUGUCUAAUAGCGGAAAACUUGUGGAGGCUUGCACAUUCUUUGAGGAGAUGGUCUCGAAGGGAUUUACUCCAAUGGAGACCACAGUCAAGCUAUUGACGCGAAAGCUUGAGAUUAAGAGCAUGUUAAAGGAGAAAGACCAGAUUGAGGAAUUGAUGGCGGGACAUGUUCUGGGGGAACAAAAUGUUUAGAGCACUUUUAGCACAAGAUUGACUUGUAGAGGACUUGUUGGUUCAGGCUGGAUCAUGGUUGAUCCCGUGAUUAGACUGUUGGUGAUUGGUUGAUCAAUAUAAUUUUUCUUUUGUAAGCCUUAGUAUAAGGGUAGAAUAAAUCUAUAGAAUUUUUUCCUUCCUGUGUUUUUGUGUUUUUAUUAUGUUUUCUGUUCAUAUAAAUAAUGCCUGAAUGAAGAAGAUUAAAACAUCAGAAAAUACAAGAUGGCAAAGUCAUCACUCUCAAUAACACUUGUGAUUCUCUUCUGUGGUUUAACUCUUGCAUCAAGAACAAAAAUCUUACCCUUAAGCACUAUUACUGCAUUGGCACCAGAACUCAAUGAUGGUGUAUGCUCAUCAGUAUAACUAGUGAAGACACAAGGCUAUGCUUGUGAAGUACACUUGGUACUGUGCAUUGCUUUCAUAUGUUUCUGUUUUUUUAAUUAGAAAUCAGCAACAUUUUGAGCAAAAAGUAGCUUCUAACCAGCUACCGUGUAUAUAAUUGUUUUUAGAACAAGUAAUAGCUUCUAACUAGCUUCUAUAUGUAUGUAAUUGUCGAACAAAAGAUGGUUAUGUUCUUAACAUGCAAAGAAUUCUACCAAGAGGGAAACCUGGAAAUAGUAUACCAGUUGUGCUACAGCUUGGACUAUUCAUGGUUAGUGGUGGUUACUAUAAGUAUAACUAUAGGCCGGAUUGAUUCAUUUGAGUUUAUAUACUGACAUAAACAUGUGUGAUACUGUUUAGGAGAGCUUAUAAAAAUAGCUUAUGCCAUGGCCAUAAGUUGUUUUCAUCUUAUUUUCAUUAACUCUCAAGGAGAGUUUACGAAAACAGUUUGACUUUAGUUUAUCUUUUGUUAUUAAAAUAGUUUAUGCAUAAGCAUUUAUAUGAUUGGUGUGUUUUUGUAGGAUGGUGUGACAUGGUUGUUGCUACCACCUAUAAUCAAUCUCUUGCAUUUCUGUUGGCAGAUAAUGGAUUUGAUGUUUGGAUUGCUAACACACGAGGAACCAAAUAUAGUCAUGGACAUGCAUCAUUUUCUAAUAACAGCUCGGAUUAUUGGAAUUGGUCAUGGGAUGAAUUAGUUGCAUAUGAUCUUCCAGCAACAUUCCAGUAUGUGCAUGAUCAAACUGGACAAAAACUACACUACGUUGGUCACUCAUAGGGAACUUUGGUUGCAUUGGCUGCUUUUUCCAAAGAUCAACAAUUGGACAAGUUGAGAUCAGCUGCCUUGCUUUGUCCAAUUGCUUAUGUUGGUCAGAUGACCUCACCAUUAACAAAAGAUGCUGCUGACCAUUUCAUUGCAGAGUCACUGUACAAAUUGGGAAUUUUCGAAUUUAGCCUUAAAGGGUAAGUAAUUUUCUUCUUAACAGAGUUUAUCUAAUAGCGGAAAACUUGUGGAGGCUUGCACAUUCUUUGAGGAGAUGGUCUCGAAGGGAUUUACUCGAAUGGAGACCACAGUCAAGCUAUUGAUGUGAAAGCUUGAGAUUAAGAGCAUGUUAAAGGAGAAAGAUCAGAUUGGGGAAUUGAUGGCGGGACAUGUUCUGGGGGAACAAAAUGUUUAGUGCACUUUUAGCACAAGAUUGACUUGAAGAGGACUUGUUGGCUCAGGCUGGAUCAUGGUUGAUCCCGUGAGUAGACUCUUGGUGAUCAACAGAAUUUUUCUUUUGUAAGCCUUAGUAUCUAGUGUAGAAUAAAUCUACACGAGAUACACCCUUGCCUCAGUUGGCAUGUAAUUGCACUUGUGAAAAUCAUUGGUUAUGGAGUUUUGACUCCCUACACUUUUGAAAUGAUUGUUUGGAUAGUUGGCCUAGUACUGAUAUUUAUGCGCCAUCCAUACUCUUGGUUUUUUUAUCAUUAUUGUUCCACCAAGAUUUAUUCAAUUGCAUUGCAUUGUUGUAAAUUUAA